UGCCCCGGCCGCUCGGCCCAGCCCGGCCUGGCAUCAUUGUCAACAGCCCGGAGUUACUUAACCUCCCUUCCUCCCUUCCCAGCCUGUGCCAGGAGCAAAGGGGGCGGAGGUCGAAAGCUCUCUUCUCCUGCCAAGUCCCGCCCCACUGUGCAUUUUAUUAUCCUCACGCCCUCCGAUCUCCGGAUCGCAGAGUGGAAACGCCAUGGUGCAGCAGGUGCUCUUCCGCGCUCUGGUCUCCACCAAGUGGCUGGCGGAAUCCAUCCGAGUUGGCAAGGUGGGACCUAGCCUGCGGGUGCUGGAUGCUUCUUGGUACUCGCCGGGCACCCGCCAGGCCCGCCAAGAGUACCUGGAACGCCACAUCCCGGGCGCUUCUUUCUUUGACAUCGAGGAGUGCCGGGACACCGCGUCGCCCUACGAAGUGAUGCUGCCCAGCCCGAAGGACUUCGCUAACUACGUGGGCCGCCUGGGCAUCGGCAACGAGACCCACGUGGUGGUGUACGACGGCGACGAUCUGGGCUCUUUCUACGCCCCGCGGGUCUGGUGGAUGUUCCGGGUGUUUGGCCACCGCACGGUGUCGGUGCUCAACGGUGGCUUCAAGAAUUGGCUGAAGGAGGGCCACCCGGUGACCUCUGAGCCCUCGAACCCGGAGCCUGCUACCUUCAAGGCCACCUUGGACCACUCCCUGUUCAAGACCUACGAGCAGGUGCUGGAGAACCUCAAAUCCCAAAGGUUCCAGCUCGUGGAUUCUCGGUCCCAGGGGCGGUACCUGGGCACUGAGCCCGAGCCAGAUGCAGUCGGGCUGGACUCAGGCCACAUCCGGGGUGCUCUCAACAUGCCCUUCGCUGACUUCAUGACGCCGGAGGGCUUCGAGAAGAGCCCCGAGGAGCUCCGGGCCAUGUUCCAGGCCAAGAAGGUGGAUCUGGCCCAGCCCCUCAUCGCCACUUGCCGCAAAGGCGUCACCGCCUGCCACAUCGCCCUGGCUGCCUACCUGUGUGGCAAAACCGACGUGGCUGUGUAUGACGGCUCCUGGUUUGAGUGGUUCCACCGGGCACCCCCCGAAACUCGGGUAUCUCGAGCCAAAGCUUAAGUGCUGGCUCUCUUCCCCCACUCUUGCCUGCUUUGAGGCCCGUGGAUGUUCUUAGAAUUGCUGUGCAAAACCCACAGUGACUCCCCUAUCUUUUUUUCCCCAGUAUCCCCAGAAUAAAUGUCUUUUAUCAGUA